AUGUAUCACUCCGUGUCUGAAACUAGACAUCCUCUGCAGCCAGAAGAACAAGAAGUGGGUAUCGACCCCUUGUCAGGCUACUCCAAGUCUGGAGGUGAUGCAAAUAAAAACGGAAGAAGAACAAGUUCUACUUUAGACCCUGAUGGGACUUUUAAUUCCUAUAGGAAAGAAUGGGAAGAACUAUUUGUAAACAACAAUUACUUGGCAACAAUAAGGCUGAAGGGGAUUAAUGGGCAGCUGAGAAGCAGCAGGUUCCGCAGUAUUUGCUGGAAGCUUUUUCUCUGUGUUAUUCCUCAAGAUAAAAGUUUGUGGAUAAGUAGAAUUAAAGAAUUAAGAGCAUGGUAUACCAACAUUAAAGAAAUACAUAUUACAAACCCGAGGAAGGUUGUUGGCCAGCAGGAUUUGAUGAUCAAUAAUCCCCUUUCACAGGACGAAGGGAGUCUUUGGAACAAAUUCUUCCAAGAUAAAGAACUCCGAUCGAUGAUUGAACAAGAUGUCAAAAGAACAUUUCCUGAAAUGCAGUUUUUUCAACAAGAAAAUGUGAGAAAAAUUCUUACAGAUGUUCUUUUCUGUUAUGCCAGAGAAAACGAGCAGUUGCUUUAUAAACAGGGCAUGCAUGAGCUGUUAGCACCUAUAGUCUUUACCCUCCACUGUGACCACCAGGCGUUCCUACAUGCUUGUGAAUCCGCACAACCCAGUGAGGAAAUGAAAACUCUCUUGAACCCUGAGUAUCUGGAACAUGAUGCCUAUGCAAUGUUCUCACAACUUAUGGAAACUGCUGAGCCUUGGUUUUCCACUUUUGAGCAUGAUGGUCAAAAGGGGAAAGAAGCGCUGAUGACUCCCAUCCCCUUUGCUAGGCCACAGGAUUUAGGACCAACAAUUGCUAUUGUUACAAAAGUUAACCAGAUCCAAGAUCAUCUACUGAAGAAACAUGAUGUUGAGCUUUAUAUGCACUUGAACAGACUAGAAAUUGCACCACAGAUAUAUGGCUUGCGGUGGGUGCGGCUGCUGUUUGGACGAGAAUUUCCUCUGCAGGACCUUCUGGUGGUCUGGGAUGCCUUGUUUGCCGACGGCCUCAGCUUGAGCUUAGUCGACUAUAUCUUCAUAGCCAUGUUACUGUACAUCAGAGAUGCUUUGAUUUCUAGUAACUACCAGACCUGUCUUGGCCUUCUGAUGCAUUACCCACCCAUGGGAGAUGUGCACUCACUAAUUCUGAAGGCUCUGUUCCUUCGAGACCCAAAGAGAAAUCCAAGACCAGUGACUUACCAAUUCCAUCAAAAUUUGGAUUAUUACAAAGCACGGGGAGCGGACCUCAUGAAUAAAAGUCGGACCAAUGCCAAAGGUACUCCCCUGAAUAUAAAUAAAGUCUCUAAUAGCCUGAUUAAUUUUGGAAGAAAGUUGAUUUCCCCAGCACCGCCCCCUGGCGUUGCUGGUAACCCCAUCCCUGGGGUCAGUAGUGGCAGCUCCUGCACUCCAGUGAUUCCCACCAGGACCUCGGCAGAGGCCUCCAGGCAACAGCAACAACAACAACAACAACAACAACAACAACAGCAGCAGCAGCAGCAGAGGCUGAUGAAAUCAGAAAGCAUGCCAGUGCAAUUGAACAAAGGCGAUGUAGUUACAGGAAGCGAUGCUCAGGUUUGUGUUCCUGUCCAGACCCUAACUGACCUCCAAGGACAAAGUUCUAAAAACAUCAGUUCAUCUCCCAGCAUUGAGAGUUUGCCUGGAGGAAGAGAAUUCACUGACUCCCCACCUUUGUCUGCUACUAAAAAAGAUUCCUUUUUCAGCAACAUCUCCCGUUCACGCUCACACAGCAAAACUAUGGGCAGAAAAGAAUCUGAAGAAGAAUUAGAAGCCCAAAUUUCCUUUCUUCAAGGACAAUUGAAUGACCUGGAUGCCAUGUGCAAAUACUGUGCAAAGGUGAUGCACACUCAUCUUGUAAAUAUUCAAGAUGUGAUAUUACAAGAAAAUUUGGAAAAAGAAGACCAAAUUCUGGUUUCUCUGGCAGGAUUAAAACAGAUCAAAGACAUUCUAAAAGGUUCCCUGCGUUUCAACCAGAGCCAGCUGGAGGCCGAGGAGAAUGAGCAGAUCACCAUCUCGGAUGAUCAUUACUGUUCCAGUGGUCAGAGCCAGGGUGGCCAGACACCCGGGGCCCCCAAGCAGGCCUCCUCCGAAAUGGCAGGACACACAGACGGAGGAAGUUCAGACGACUUCAUCCUGGUCUCCAGAGAAGACAAUGGUGCCAGUGCCAGGGGAGCCUGCGUAGGCCAAGCACAGCCUCUUCGUAUCCUCAGAAGUGCAUCCAGGAAAAGCGAGGUUUUGGCCCGAUCCCCGCUUGUGUUCUCUGACCCCCUGAUGGGCCCAACCUCAGCCUCCUCCAGCAACCCAAGCUCCAGCCCUGACGAUGACAGCAGCAACCACAGUAAGGACUCAGGCUUCACCAUCGUGAACCCCCUGGACUUCUGA